AUAUGGAGAUGAGAGCGAGCGGGUCGGGGGCGAGAAAUAUAUAUAAACUGGAUUCUUGUUGGGAUUACCUCAUUUUUAUCAGUGAAAUGCAACCAACGAUGAAUAUGAGGAGCCAUUUUGUAUUAUAUUUUACAUUAUGUCUUUUCUUGGCAUGUGGACUAGAAGGGGAGUCACCUGAUUAUCGAAGUGAAUUUUUUAAAGUUACCAAUGCCACAAUUGAUGGAGAUUACUUCCAGAUUUCAGAGGCGUACGAUAGCGUAAAGUGUGCAAAUAUGUGUUACAAUGAAGUUAAAUGUAAUUCAUUCGUAUUUAACCACUACGAAGAUAUGUGUGAACUUCAUCGCGAAACGACAAAGUUAUAUAGAUUACUGAUAAACUCAACUGCUGACUACUAUGAAUUCAGAGAUACAAGUAAAAACGAGUGUCCAGUCAGCGUUAUUUAUGGAGCCAAGUUCAAGGUACAUGCAUAUCCACCUGAACACGGUAGAUCAUUAUUUGACAAUCUAAAGUGGUGCUAUGAAUCGAAUUGGUGUAAGGCUUUCAGCUACAACCCCAAAUCAAACUUAUACUAUCUGAGUAAUUAUACAUCUCAGAAUGCCACAGUUAUCAUGACCGAAAAUGAUUGGCAACACAUUGAAUUCAUAAAAUCCUACAAGUUCGAAAUGAAGCGUAAUCUAGAUGAUGUUCCGUCACCUAAAGGCUGCACUUUGAGAAAUUUACGUAUGAUUUACUUUAAAAACGAGUUAAACAAAAAUGGUGGGAUACAAGCCUCAAGAUACACAAAAAAAAUAGACACAAACACCUUUACAAGACCGUUAAAGAGCUCAACCGAUCGAAUCCAUAGCAGAAUUUCCUGUGCGGCUUCUUGUGAUUUAAUUUCAAAAUGUAUUGGCUUCAUAUAUAUAAAUAACAAGUGUUCUUUUAAAACUUUUUUCUGAAAUCCAAGAGAUUUCUUCAAAAUAUACUGUUUACCAAGUGACGUUGUCGCCAAUAUUUUGCAUCUUAGGUGUGAGCAGAAAACUAAAGCUAUGUUCCCUCACCGAAUGGUUUCGUCCUUAUAUACGUUACUGAAUGUAUUCCUUAAAGCAUACUUGUAAUAUUUUACUACUUUUUUCCUAGUCAUAACUCAAACUUUUCUAUUUCGUUUCAACACAUCCUGCUUAGCACUGAACCUGCUUUAUCGGUAUACUACUGAGGACAUACUCAACAUCCCAACACGUAAAUUUCAAAAUUAAAAUUUUGUCUUAUAUAUGCUUUUAUUCUUUUAUUCUUUUACUUGAUCUAGUCAUCUGACUGCGGCCAUGCUGUAGCACCUCCUUGUAAUAAUAUAAAUUUUUCAGUUACAAAACAAUUUGUCGUGAUACUAGAAUUGUCUUAUUGUUAAAUAAAAUUU